UCCAAUUUUGAAUUUUCCGUGUUUCCCCAUCUUUCCCCAACUCAAAUCAUCACAAUACCAAAAGCGCAACGUAGGAGGCAAAUCGUCGGCGUCAUUCUGAUCACCUCUCACCUCUCACCUCCGCCCCCACCUCUCAUUCUACCUUUUGAGAAAACUUUCGAUGACCGGAAGAUUCAGAUUUUCAACGAAACUUUAGAAAGAAAUAAGUUACAAAAAAGACAAACCUUUGAAACUCUUCAGCAUUGAAGACGUAGUGAAGUCUGAUCUAUGGAAUCUUCCGUUUGUCCCUUUUGUCACCUUAGCGUUCCCUCCUCAGAACUCCAAUGGCACGCCAACAGUCACUUCGAGGAUGAGGAUAAGGAAGCUAAUGACAUGGAAUUGGGUAAUCAAAUUCAAAUUGCCUCUUCUUCAGGCUCCACUGACGUGGUUAGCAUUUCUUCUUUGAUUGGUUUACAAACAAGGAGCAAUUUUUAUCACGUCAAGGAUGGUUUGAUUUCCUUGCUGAGAAAUUGUUUAGAACUAGAAGCUCGACACAACUCAUCCGUAACCAUAUUGUCUGGCUACGUGGAUCACUUCCAAAGUCUUCCGUCCGUCGAUGUUGGUUGGGGUUGUGGAUGGCGUAACAUUCAAAUGCUAAGCUCUCAUCUGAUUGCUCACAGGAAGGAAGCUAGAAAAGUCCUGUUUGGUGAGUCAGGUUUUGUUCCUGAUAUCGCUUUCCUCCAGCGUUGGCUUGAGAUUGCUUGGGAAAGUGGAUUUGAUCCACCUGGUGCCCAACAUUUUAACUGCAAAAUAUAUGGUACCAACCACAGGAUUGGGACUACUGAAUGUGCUUCUCUUUUUCGUUCAUUUGGUCUUCGUGCUAGGGUGGUUGAUUUUGGUCCUAAGGAAUCUGAACUGCUCUAUCUUUCUGUUCCUGGUUCUACUUUUGGACAACCAGUUAAGCAAAGGAAUGCAGUUCGAGUUUCUGGACCUAUGGAUAAAUAUGUUCAUCGCCAGCAGGGUUUGAUUAAGGGAAGGCAUUUUUGUCACUCUUUGCAUAAUGGGAAGAGUGAUAAUGCUAAAGGGAAAAGUGAAGGACCUCAGGUUCUGAUUGAUUGGGUGUGGAAUUACUUUUCAGAUAAAGGGUUAACCAUUUCUGGCUCCAGUCAAGUUGUAGUGAGUGAUAGAGCGCCUUUAUACUUCCAACACAAUGGACAUUCAAGAACAAUCAUUGGGAUUCAGGUUAAACAUCAAAAGAAUGGGGCAAAUCAGUUCAAUCUCUUGAUUUUGGACCCUUCUGAUGGAACAGUUGCUUUGGAAAGGUCCCUUAAAACAAAUGUGGGAUGGCAGAAGCUUAUAAAAAGAGGAGUCCACACCUUGAAGAAGCCACAAUACCAGUUGUGCUAUAUUGAUCCUGGAAUUGCUAGCGGGGAGGAGCUCAAUGAACUCAAAACAAUUAAUAGCAUCUUCUUUGAAUUGUAGAGAAAUAUAAUCAAAUUCGGUGUCCCUAGGUAAAGCACAUGAAAAAUAUGGUAUGCUAGGCAUCCCCUCAAAGCUGGCCACUCCUUUCGAGUCAUCAUGGGGCGAAGUGCCUGAAAGUCCUGUAAGUUAGUGCACAAUCCUGUUAGUUUCAGAAGCCUAAAUAGUUCCGAUGUGCAUAUUGAGGACUUUUUGACUUCCUCUUGGCCUGAGAAGUGCCAUUUUCAUCUUGGUUUCAACUUAUAACAUGAAUCGUUGCUUUGCACUUGGAAGGUAAGCCUAGAAGAAAUUACUGAGAAACAAAAUGAUAAAAAUAAUAAACUAGAUAUGGAAUAUAUUAGUACGUGGUUCAAACUGAAUACUGCAUUUAUUACAACAAGUUUACUCUUUAGAAAGAUCAGAACUCAGAAAAUCA